UUAUUAUUAUUAUUAUUAUUUCCAUUAUCAUUUAUUUAUUAUUAGAUAUUAUUAUUCGCGUAAUCGACAACGGUGUUGCUCGUCUUGUUGUUUUUCUCGAUUUGCGUUUCAACAUUAUUACUUCUCGCCCUGCGGGGGGUCCGUCCAUCGUUGUUAUCGCCGCUGUCCGUUGUUUUUGUUCCGUGUAGUGCACAGACUACCAAAUGUACAUUACACACUAGUUGUCCCGCAGUAUCAUAUACGAUUUUUGUCUGGCUGUCGGAAAUUUGGACAUCAUUACACGUCGCUCUUCUAGCCGUAUUAAGUUUUUCAUUACGAGUUUCGAUUUAUUUGUGCGUGCGUCGAGCGCUGGUUUCAGUGAUUCGAGCUGCAAGUCAAGAUCAUGAUUAACGCCGAAGGUCAGAUUUAUUUCAACUGUCAGUUACACGUUGUAUGCCCAGAAUUACUGUAACGGUUUGCCAGAAAAUAAUUGUGUAUCAGAUGUUGUACAGCUUUUAUCAAAAAUGUUUAGAAAGGAAACGGCAUUUAUUGCCUUAAUAAUGUUUAUAACUACAAUAAAAUGUGAUAUUAGCAUAUAUACUAGAGAUCACCAACAGUUAGAUUUAGAGUUUAAAGAUGCGCAGUCUCUUUUUGGAGCGGAUAUACCUUCAGAUGGCAUUAAAGGUUACAUUUUGAGUGCUGAACCCGAAGAUGGUUGUACUAAAAUUGAAUCUCCGCCCAAAAGUGGAAGUUGGUUUGCCUUAAUUAAGAGAGGAAAUUGUAAUUUUGACGUAAAAGUUAGAAAUGCUCAAAAUAGCAAUUAUACAUUAGCCAUUAUAUUCAAUGUUAACUCUAGUAUUGUUGUGCCAAUGAAUGGUAAAAAUACAAGUGAUAUAGUCAUUCCGUCAGUUUUUGUUGGUGAAAGCACUGGGAUUAUGUUGAGAGACUACUAUGAUUAUCAAAACGGCUAUUAUGUGAUUGUAGACAACAGUCAAUUCCCAUUUGAUAUAAACUUGAAUUUAUUGUUGCCAUUUGCUGUGAUUGUUGCGGUAUGUUUCUUCGCAAUGCUUGGGUUUAUGUUAAUUAAAUGGAUUAAAGAUCGAAGACGAGCAUUUAGACAUCGAUUACCAGCAUCUAUUCUUCGUAAAAUUCCGAUCUCAACUUUUGUGAAAGGUGAUCCAUAUGAUACUUGUGCCAUAUGUUUAGAUGAUUAUAUGGAUGGAGACAAAUUAAGAAUUUUGCCAUGUGCUCAUGCUUAUCACUGUAAAUGUAUUGAUCCAUGGUUAACACGAAACCGACGAUUUUGUCCUAUUUGUAAACGCAGAGUUUAUGGCAAUAAUGAAGAUCUACAUUCUGUGGCAUAUUCUUCAGAUACUGAUAGUGAUGAGCCCAAUGAUAGAACUCCAUUAGUUGCACCUGGUAUUAAUAAUUCAAAUUCAUUGGGUGUUGGUACAUUCCGUAGUUUCAGAGGACGUGUUUUCACUCGUGGUAGAUCUGCUAACACUGUUCCUGUGCAUCCUCCAGUUUUAUCAUCAAUAAAUGUAGCCAAUGCAGAUUAUGACACAGUUUCAUCUCAAACAGAUUCAUCAGACUCAAUGUUAUCAGAUUAUCAAAAUCUGUAUGAUGCACCAGCUCACCAAUCGGUUUCAGCAUCAAUGUCAAAUUCAGUGAAUAAUUUGGCUCCAGAACUGAUGACUAACAUAGAACCAAGUAGAACAAAUGUGCAGAACCAUAUCGUUUAAACAGUUUAUCAACAAACAGCCUAAAAAAGUUGAUUUCUUUUAUUGGACUUUAAUUAUAUUACAUUGCUUUUAAAUAGAAACAAAAUAUGAUUUAUUUUUUUUAAUCAAAAUAUUGUUUUUAGGUCUUUAUUUUAUUACUAUAAGUUUUU